GAGUCCUACUAUGCAGAUCUCACUUGCGUGAUCAUCAAGAAGCGGUGGGUAGAUCUACAAAGUAACACGGUGGUCCUGCCUUGAUUGAGAAGUUCUUGGAUAAAUUUCACACCCAGAGACGCGCCCCAAGACCUCGAUAGUUUCACUGGAGUCAUCGUCUUCUUCGAUUCCCACGUAGCGUUUGCUUUCGCGGCCAGCUUCGUGGCGAAACAGAACUUGUUCGGCUGAGACGCCGCCGACAAUCGGCCGUGCCGCUGGCGCUCCUAGUCAGCGGCUGGCGCUCCCGGCUCUACAUGCGUUAGCUACCACAUCGUUCCUUGUUCCUUUCGUCGACAGUUCGGCACUCGGCUGGCCGGGAGGGCAUAGGUGGGCUUGAGUGGCGUCCAUACCGCAAACAUGCCGAUCUUCUCAAAGGGUGAUCAAGUAUGGUUGGACCUUGGCUCGGGACAAGAGUACGAUGUGCCGCUUGGAGCAAUCGUCCGGUUUUCGGACACUGGCCAAAUGCAGCUUCUUGAUGAUGAAGGCCAGGAACACUGGGUCAGCAGUGCCAAUGCACAUCUGAUCCGGGCCAUGCACCAGACAUCUGUGGACGGUGUUGAUGACAUGAUUCACCUGGGCGACUUGAAUGAGGCUGGCAUCUUGCACAACUUGCUGAAGCGUUACAAUGCAGGGAAUAUCUAUACUUUCACUGGCAGCAUUCUGGUUGCCAUCAACCCUUACCAGCUGUACGACAUCUACAAUCAGACGUACGUAAAGAACUACCGGAACAAGAAGAUCGGCGAGAUGCCACCGCACGUCUUUGCAAUCGCCGACAAUGCCUACCACUUCAUGCUGAGACGAGGAAAAGACCAGUGUAUCAUUAUCAGUGGUGAGAGUGGAGCGGGAAAAACAGAGAGCACCAAGCUGAUUCUGAGCUUCCUGGCGGCAACCAGCGGUCAGCAUUCUUGGAUCGAGCAGCAAAUUAUCCAGGCCAAUCCGAUCAUGGAAGCAUUUGGCAACGCCAAGACAAUCCGCAAUGACAAUUCCAGUCGCUUUGGAAAGUACAUUGACAUUCACUUUUCCAAGGAGGGUAUCAUUGAGGGUGCCAUGAUUGAGCAGUACCUCCUGGAGAAGUCGCGCAUCGUCAGCCAGGCGGAGGACGAGCGCAACUAUCACAUCUUCUAUCGCAUGAUUUCCGGCAUGACUGCUCGCCAGAAGGAAGAGCUGGAGCUGACGUCCGCAAAGAACUACCACUACUUGACGCAGGGCAAUUGCCUGAAGUGUGUUGGCAUGGACGACAGCAAGGAGUUUGCUCUCAUCUUGGAUGCAAUGAAGGUGUUGAUGUUCACGUCAGAGGAGUGUAACAACGUCUGGAGACUAACAGCCGCUGUACUUCAUCUUGGCAACAUGAUCUUUGAUGAAACUGAAAUCCACAACAUGCCUGCAUCUGAGCUAGCCAACAUGGACGUGUGCGCUACAGCAGCCAGAUUGUUGCAGGUUGAUCCUUCGAAGCUUGCCGUGGCACUAACUAGCCGCACAACCCUUGCUCACGGUGAAGUCAUCGUUACUCCUCUUAGUGCCGACCAGGCCAUGGAUGUACGUGAUGCAUUUGUCAAAGGAAUAUACGGCAAAGUCUUCCUGUGGAUUGUGACGAAAAUCAAUCAAGUCAUCUUCAAGCCAAAGGAAAAUCCACACAAUGCGCGGCUAUCGAUUGGUGUCCUGGACAUCUUUGGCUUUGAGAACUUUGGAGUCAACUCGUUUGAGCAGCUCUGCAUCAACUACACAAACGAAAAUCUCCAGCAGUUCUUUGUUCAGCAUAUCUUCAAGCUGGAGCAGGCUGAAUACGACCGGGAGAACAUCGAUUGGACACAAAUUGAGUUUGUUGACAAUCAAAUCUGUCUGGACUUGCUGGCAGCUAAGCCUUUGAGCAUUAUUGCACUAGUGGAUGAAGAGAGCCGUUUUCCAAAGGGAACGGAUGCAUCUAUGCUGACCAAGCUACACAACAACCAUAAAUCUCAUUCGCAUUACGUGAAGCCGCGGUCAGCGCACAACACGACGUUCGGCAUCAUUCACUUCGCCGGAACGGUGUACUAUGACAGCUGCGGGUUUCUGGAGAAGAGCCGAGAUACAUUCAGCGGUGACCUGAUUGAACUGCUGCACCGCACAGAGUCCAAGUUCUUGAACAACCUGUUUGCAAAGGAGACGGCCGUCAGCACAACAACGCGCAGAAAGUCGCCGACGCUGGGCAUCCAGUUCAAGAACUCGCUGGAAUCGCUGAUGAAGGCCCUCGGUGCCUGUCAGCCAUUCUUUGUCCGCUGCAUCAAACCCAACGAGAACAAGCGGGCCAACAUGUUUGAUCGUGAGCUGUGCACACGUCAACUGCGCUACUCUGGUAUGAUGGAGACGAUCAGGAUCCGCAAGGCUGGCUUCCCGAUUCGCCACACGUUCAGCAACCUCGUGUCCCGCUACUACAUGCUGGUGAAGGGCAUGAAGGUCACUGGUGGUGAUAACGACAAAGUCAAGUGCAGUCGCAUUCUGAAGAAGGCAAUCAAAGAUGACCUGUGGCAGAUUGGAAAGACCAAGAUCUUCUUGAAGGAUGAGCACGACAAGCAGCUAGAGAUUGCACGCGAGCUCAUCUUGCACGAGAAGGUUGUUGUCAUUCAGAAGUACUGGCGUGGCUACGUUCAGCGGCAGAAGUUCAGGAAGUUGAAGAUUGCGGUGAUGUACAUCUCCAAGAACUGGAAGCGGAUUGCUGCUCGCAAGCGCUAUCUCAAGAUGAUCAAGGGCUUCAGGCGGUUGCAGGCAACGGCAAGGAUGCGCAAGCUCACUCGUGAAUACCAAACCAUGAGACGGCGUGUCCAAGGCCUACAAUGUCACGCGCGAGGCUUGCUGGCAAGGCGAGAGUUCAGACGGCGCAUGAAGAGCAUAGUGCGCCUGCAGACUCAGAUCAGGAUUCUGAACGCCAAGCGAAAGCUCCGCCUGUUGAAGCUCGAUAAACAAAAGAGAGAUGAAGCGGAACGCUUGCGUAAGGAAGAAGAGGAGCGUCUGCGGCGUCUCCAGAUGGAGGAAGCAGCGGCCAAAGCAGAAGCAGAACGGAAGCAUCAAGAAAUGCUCGCUCGCAUUGAGCGUGAAAAGGAGGAGGAAGAAGAGAGGCUACGUCUGGAGGCAGAGGAGAAGCUCCGUCAAGCCGAAGAGGAUGAGAAGGAGGCUGAGCUUCGCCGCACGGAGCAAGUCGAUGACUCCAAGAUGGUGGAGGAGAUCUUUGACUUCAUUGAUGAACAGGAGAAGGAAGUCGGUGCAGCUCCGGAUGCGUUUGCUGACUUGGAAGCCAAACGUGUUGAGUCCCUGGAAGAAGAAAUGGAUGAAGUCGAGCAGGAAGACAAGGCGGAAGAAGAAGAGGAAGACCUUUCGGAUUACAAGUUUGGAAAGUUUGUAGCCACAUACUUUCAGGGUCAAGUGACUCCGUCUCACAUUCGUCGACCCAUCAAGCAACCUCUUCUUGGUGGUUUAUCUGACCUAGAAGUCAGGGCUGCACUGGCAAUCUGGGUGUGCAUACUCCGGUUCAUGGGUGAUCUACCCGAGCCACGGAAACGUGAGCCGGAGGAGGAAGUGCCGAAGGAAAAGAGCUUACGGCAGCGGCCACUCAUUCAGGCCCAGUCGCUAGGAGGUGGAGAAAAAGAAAAGGGAGCUGAAGGACUUGUGAAGAAUGUGAAGAACCUCAAGAACUCACUCGGUCGUAAGCUGGGAAAGAAAGCAGCAGCCCAGGUAGCAGCUGCUGCAUCAGCGGAAGCAGCGGGUGGCGAGGACGAGGGAGAGCCAGACAUAGAGAUCGACGACAAGCAGUGGCAAAAACUCCAACAACAACUCGAGCAAGAGGGUCUGAGUGCGAAGGAAAAGAAGAAGAUCAAGAAGAAGAUGAUCUCCAUGACGUUGCGCCGCAAGUCCAAAAUAUCCAGGGACAUUGCUGGGUCUUGGGAUGAUGAAGAUAAGGAGAAUGUGGAGGCAGACGCUCAGCAAGCCGCAGCGGCAAAGAACGACCCAACAGCUGGUAUUCCACUGCUGCAGCAGGCCACGUCCAACCUCGAGAAGCUACACUUCAUCAUUGGUCAUGGUAUAUUGCGCUCCGAACUUAGGGAUGAGAUCUACUGUCAGAUCUGCAAGCAGCUGACGCAGAAUCCGUCCAACGCUUCGUUUGCCAGAGGCUGGAUUUUACUAUCACUCUGCGUCGGUUGCUUCGCUCCCAGCGAGAAGUUUGCCAAGUAUCUACAGCUGUUCAUCAAGGAAGGUCCACCUGGAUACAGUGCAUACUGCCUGGAGCGGUUGAAGAGAACCAUUGCCAAUGGAACACGCUUGCAACCUCCAAGCUGGCUUGAACUCCAGGCAACACGCAUGAAGAAGUCGCUCACACUGCCCAUCACCUUCAUGGACGGCACUACGAAAUCCCUACAUGCUGACUCUGCGACAACAGCAAGAGAGCUCAGCUCACAGCUGACGGAGCGCAUCAGCCUGAAGGAAUCUUUCGGCUUCUCACUCUACAUUGCUUUGUUCGACAAGGUGAGCAGUUUAGGCAGUGGGGGUGAUCACAUCAUGGAUGCCAUCUCGCAGUGUGAGCAGUAUGCCAAGGAACAAGGUGCACAAGAGAGGAGUGCGCCAUGGCGACUGUUCUUCCGUAAGGAAAUCUUCACACCAUGGCACGACCCUCGUAUCGAUCCCGUUGGAACAGAUCUCAUCUACGAGCAGGUCAUCCGCGGUAUCAAGUUUGGAGAGUACCGAUGCGAUAGGAAUGACGAGCUAGCCGAGGUGUGUGCACAGCAGUACUAUGUCAACCACGGUACAAGCGUUAGCAGUGAGUUGGUACGCAACAUCGUACCCAACUGUCUACCCGACUCGUGUCUACACGGUGGAGGUGCCACCCUGGACCGCUGGAUGGCACUGGUCUUGCAGUGUCUGAAGAAGGCUUACUAUGUCAAGCAGCAAGUUGAGCCAGCCACCGUGAAGGAAGACUUAGUCAUGUUUGCAAAGCUGAAGUGGCCAUUGCUCUUCUCAAGGUUCUAUGAGGCAUUCAAGUUCUCUGGUCCAGAGUUGCCGCAGAACGAUGUGGUCAUUGCCGUCAACUGGACUGGCGUGUACAUUGUGGAUAGCCAGGAACAUGUCCUGGCUGAAUUCUCCUUCCCCGAGAUCAGCUCCGUGUCCAGCUCGAAGAUCGGCAAGGCCAACCACCACAGCUUUACACUGUGCACAGUGCGUGGCGACGAAUACACGUUUACGUCCGCCAGCAGCGAGGAUAUCUGUGAGCUAGUGCUGCACUUCCUGGAUGGCCUUCGUCAGAGGUCUCGCUACGUUGUCGCCAUGCUUAGCUACUCCAGUCCCGGCGGUGAACAAUCAACAUUCCUCAGUUUCCAGCGUGGUGAUCUGAUCGUACUGGAAGGAGACGAUGACGGCGAAACGGUGAUGACGUCAGGCUGGUGCAGUGGCUUAUGCCUGCGCACAGGAGAGCGCGGCGACUUCCCAUCCGAGUGUGUUUACAUUAUUCCCACGCUGAGAAAGCCUGGACCUGAUGUCAUGGCCCUGUUCUCAGAACAGAGUGUAGAGUCGCAGGAGAGAUUGAUUGCAACUACUCAAGCAGCAGUGGAAGAGGAAGUAGAGACGACCGACCAGAACUACACACUGGAGCAGUACAGCUACGAACACUUCAGCACGCCGCCGAAGAGGACACUCAGCAAGGCACUCGCCAAGCAGUCCAGCAAAAGAAAGGACUCCAACUUGCCCUGGGCAUUCACACGGGAGCCCAUCAAGCAAGGGUUGCUAAACAAAGUUGUGGCUGUGUCAGAAGUGAACAAGAAGGCAGUAUCAUCAUUCGUUGCCAUCAUGCAGUAUAUGGGUGACUUGCCCAACAAGAGCAAGAAUCGCAUCUCCACAGAGCUAACCGAUCAAAUCUUCGAGAGUGCCUUGCAGCACGAUAUACUGCGAGAUGAGGUGUACUGUCAACUGAUCAAGCAGCUAACGGACAAUGGUUUACGUAGUAGCGAAGACCGUGGAUGGGAGCUGCUCUGGCUAGCUACCGGACUGUUCUCAUGCAGCUCGUCAAUGCUGAAGGAGGUACAGCACUUUCUAAAGUCGAAGAGUCGACACCCACUAUCUGUCGACUGCCAGAAUAGACUGCAGAGAACACUGAGAUAUGGCCAGCGCAAGUUCCCACCACAUCUGGUAGAGUGUGAAGCAAUCCAGCACAAGACCACACAAAUCUUCCACAAGGUCUAUUUCCCUAAUGAAACAGACAAGCCAUUCCAAGUGGACUCCGGUACAAGAGCCAAAGAGUUCUGCUCAACGAUCGCAACCCGUCUUGGCCUGAAGUCACCAGAGGGAUUCAGCUUGUUCAUUCGCAUUGCUGAACGAGUUAUCAGUGUUCCGGAUGCUGACUUUUUCUUCGACUUUGUUCGUCACCUGACUGAGUGGGUGAAGAAGAUGAAUCCAAAAUCACAAUCAAACCCAUCUUCACUCAAUUACCAAGUACUGUACAUGAGAAAGCUGUGGAGCACGGUCACGGUGGGCGCCGACUUGAACGCUGACAACAUCUUCCACUUCCACCAGGAGCUGCCAAAGCACUUGCGUGGCUAUCACAAGGCGAAUCGCGAGGAUGCGUCCUACGUGGCGGCUCUCAUUUACCGCGUCAAAUUCGCCGACGACAAGAGUCAGUUCGCCGAGAUUCCGGGCAAACUGAGAGAUUACGUUCCACAAGAUCUGAUGCGAGCACAAUCUCCAGAUGCAUGGAAGCGUGCCAUUGUCACAUGCUACAACAAACAAGCGUCGACUAUCAAGGGUCCGCUUGAGGCUAAGAUCGCCUUUCUCAAGUACGUCAGCCGCUGGGGGACGUUUGGCUCAGCGUUCUUCGAUGUGAAGCAAACAACUGAACCAAAGUAUCCAGACAGUCUGCUGAUCGCUAUCAACAAGAGUGGUGUCAAUCUGAUCAAUCCCCAGACAAAGGAGUUCCUGGCUACGCAUCCGUUCACUAAGAUCUCCAACUGGAGCAGCGGCAACACUUACUUCCACAUGACCAUCGGCAAUCUGGUGCGCGGUAGCAAACUCUUGUGCGAGACUACACUGGGUUACAAAAUGGAUGACCUACUGACAUCGUACAUUUCUCAGCUGCUAACCAGCAUGAGCAAGCAGAAGCAUGACCAACCGACCAAGACAGCACAGCCGGCCAAGGCAUCCCAGGCGGCCAAACCCGCUUCCGUCGCGCGGGCGAGCGGGGCAAGCGCAUCGCCGAGAUCGCCCAGCAAGCAGGCGGCAUCCUCAUCACCGGUCUCGUCCGUACCGUCGCGCUUGAAGAUACAAGUGCAAGGUGGAGGUGGUGUGUCACCUGGCUCCUCACCUGGACGACCACGCUCCAACUCUAGAAAUGCCGGAAGGCCCAGUAAGAGAUAAAAACACUUGCGGAAGUGACGUCGGCGCUGUGAGCUAUCACUAACCUCUUUUGUACAUGGAUGUCUAUUUAACCCUAGCACUUCCUAGUCUUAUCAACAAAUUUACCAGAAGUCUAUAUAUAGUAUAUACUGUUUGUCUUCCCACUGUGCUUGAGGGAUGGAUAUUGUAAUAUUAUUAUACAUUUCGCAUUUUCUAUCGCUUUUACCGCAUGCUAGGAGAAAGAGGAUAUGAUCUAAUCUAAUAUUUUAGCACAGCUCGCAGAAAAUGCUUAUCAAAUUUUGUCUGCAUUCACGUUUUUAUUUUUCACGGGCAGACAAAAAAGGAUUAGAUUCAAUUCAUGCUAAGAAUAUCCCCCCAUGUUAAUAAUUCUAAUUGUGUUUUCUAUCCUGCAAUUGCAGAUUGUCAGCGCCUCAAACUUUUCUAGUUCAUUUCUAAAAUUAUGCGCCGGUAGAUACUGUA